AUGAAAGCUUUAUUAAUUCAUUUAUUUUCCAUCUGGAUUCUUUUAAUACAAUUUCUUCAUCUUGGGAUUUGUGGUUCAUGUAAUAGUCUCUCAAAGAGGUGUGAAAUGCGAACAGACAAACUUGAUAAACUUCUAUGUAAUGGUGGUUUCCAGAAAAAUUAUUUAAAUUCUACCAGUGUACAUCCACGAAUCAUUGUUAUCUGCCAAGUUAUGAGCUCAUCUUUCGAUCCUGCUUUUAUUUCCAAUUUCCCUCAGCUUUACAGAUUGUCUGUGAUAAAUUCUCCAAAUAUUUCAAAAUUUACUCAACCAUUUCCAAACCAUCGCCUUCAGGUGCUAAAUCUUACCAGACUUGGUCUUGUCCAUUUGCACCACAACACAUUUGAAGGUUUAAUAAAUUUACGGACUCUGGACCUGAGCCAUAACAAAUUGAAGCAAUUAGAUAGGCAUAUUGUUGAACAUUUAUCUCAACUACAGCAGAUUUUUCUUAGGAGUAAUAACUGGGACUGUGAUCCACAUUUAAAAUGGGUUCUAAAUCCUCUUCUUGGAAAAAAGUUAAUGGAUGCUAAUCAGAUGACCUGUGGAGUAUCAAAGUACAAAGGAAAACCUGUUUUAGCAGUUAUGUCAUUCAUAAAGAAUUUAAGGAAUGAAUGCCCUAAAAUAGAUUCAAAGUCUUGUAAUUGCUCUCUGGAUCUGAUAGUAUGGUCGCCCAAUAAAGAUUAUUUAGUGCCUGUAACAACAGUCAACUGUAGUAGACUAGAUUUGGACCACUUUCCCCCAUCAAUACCCUCCAAUACAACAACCUUGUUACUUACUGGCAAUAAGAUAUCGGAUAUAAGCCCUUUGUUGACAAAUCCUAAGUAUUUAGAUGUCUCUGACAUUUACCUAGAUGAAAAUCAGAUAUUUAAUAUUGACAAACUAGAAGGAGCUGAUUGGCUGACCAAGUUUCGAGUCUUCAGUUUAAAAUCAAACAAAAUAACAGCAUUUCCAACAUUUGCUUUGGAAAAUGGUUUCAGAAAAAACAGUCAAAUAGGAAAAAUUUACUUUGGUAAUAACCCCUGGAUUUGUGAUUGCACCUUCACUCCAAGUUUUAAGGAUUUCAUAAUUAAAUAUAAUGACUUAAUAGAAGAUAUUGAUGAUGUAAGAUGUGCAUUUUCGGAAUAUGAUGACAAUUCUUUGAAAAUUAUUAGUGAACUGUCACUGAGUUCUGUGUGUGGCGAGCAAGGCUCUUUUCUUUCACCACUCGACUGUCUUAACGUGCUGCUUGCUUCUCUGAUAGUCUUUAUAAUUCUAAAACUUUUGUAUGAUUAUUGGUGUUAUAAGUCCUCUGGCAAGCUCCCAUGGAUCAUCACAAAGAUUCCAUAA